AAAGUAAUCAAGCCCUGCCUUCGCCGAGAACGCCAGAGAUACUCUGUAAUGGCGACAGGUUUGCCUGCACAGCUGACAUGUCAUAAUAUGGUGUGGGAAGUGAAAACUCAGUCGGUCCCUCAGAGAGUCCAGGAAAUCCAGACACAGAGCUCAGGUAUGGACGAGGCCUUCGAUCUGCUUAAAUGCAACGAGCGCCUGCCCUCCUCACCUGGCUGCCCUUCUAAUGAGAGUCACAUGGAGUACGAUGACCUGCCUGAGCUGCAGGAGGUGCUGGAUGACCGGUCGACCCCGGGCAUGUUCCAGGUGGCCCCGGGUGUGUCGCAUCAUGAGGAGGGGCCCGUCGAGGGCUGGAGCUCCAGGCCUGAGGGCAGCGUUUCACACACAAACUGGCUGACUGAGCUGGCCAACAUCGCCACCAGCCCUCAAAGCCCCCUGCUCCAGAACGCUCCACACAACCGGUCUUCUCCUGUCCACAUCUUCUCCAACAGUAGCAGUUUACAUUCCUAUGCUAGACCCCCUCUGUCUUCCAGCAGCGCUCCCAGUCCCGCCCGCAGCCACAUGAGGGAACGCCGUCGCACCAGGGCAAGCAGUGAGUCCGAGUCAGGAAUUUUCUGCAUGUCGUCUCUGUCUGAUGAUGAUGAGCUGGGAUGGUCCCAUUCCUGGCCCUCCACUGCCUGGCACUGUUUCCUGAAAGGAACACGUCUACGCUUCCACAAAGGUCCGAACGUGGAGUGGCAGGAUGCAGAGGACGUGAUGGAGUCGGAUGAAGAUUCAGAUGACGAGGGAGCAACACAGUCCAACCCAAUGAAGAAUUAUGGCUCUGAUGGGCUAAAGCUGGUGGUCUUUGAGGAGAGUGUGUCUUUCGGCCAGUGUGUCCUAAAAUUAACCUUUGACCCUGGUUCCUUUGAAGCAGGGCUUCUGACCGCGGAGUGCAGUUUGGGCCAUCCGUUUUUUGUGAAAAAUAAAGGGUGGUCUUCUUUCUAUCCGAGCCUUACUGUUGUACAGCACGGCAUUCCCUGCUAUGACAUGCAGGUUGGAGACUUGUGUCUGCCGCCAGGACACUGCGACGCCAUCAACUGUGACGACUCUGUCGUUUUUGACACUUUUAGGAGUUAUGACUUCACCCCUCUCGACUCUUCUGCCGUGUACGUUCUGAGCAGUAUGGCACGCCAGCGUCGGGCAUCCCAGUCCAGCGGGGGCGCUGUGAGUCCCGACUGUGACAAAAUGGACGUCCUCGGCUCCUCCCACCACUCCCCCAGCAGCAAAUCACAGCGCAGCCACGCCUCAGGAAGCUCUGGAGCCACACCCACGAAGUGCAAGCGGCCAAUGAACGCCUUCAUGCUUUUUGCCAAGAAGUACAGGGUGGAAUACACACACAUGUACCCCGGCAAAGACAACAGAGCCAUCAGCGUGAUUCUGGGCGAUAAAUGGAAGAAGAUGAAGAACGAGGAGAGGAGGAUGUACACCAUGGAGGCCAAAGCUCUGGCCGAGGAGCAGAAACGUCUCAACCCUGACUGCUGGAAACGCAAGAGAACAAACUCGGGCUCUCAGCAAAACUAGCCUGAGGAUCGUCACAGAAAAAAAUCAACUGGACAGCAGGAGACGGACACCGACACACAUUCUCUCGAAAGAAUGAUAAACUGCAACUGUGAUGCUACACGCACUUGCUUUAGGGAAAAAAAUGUAUAACAACAACGAAACAUCUUCACGAGAAGAAUUGUGAAAGAAAAUUUUAAUUU